AUGAAAAGUGCCUUGACAUUCAAGACAAUCGCAGCUUGCUCCACCACCAAGGCGAGAGUGUCCAUUUUAACAUUGCCUCAUGGACCAGUUGACACACCUGUCUUUAUGCCAGUUGGCACUCAAGGCACAUUAAAGGGGUUCACUCCCAAACAGAUUCAGAAUAUGAACUGCCAAAUCAUGUUGAACAACACAUACCAUCUUGGUCUCAAACCCGGUCAAGAGAUCUUGGACCAAGUAGGAGGCUCUCACAAUUUCCAAAACUGGCAAGGAAACCUUCUGACUGACAGUGGUGGAUUUCAAAUGGUCAGUUUGCUCAAGCUAGCCAAAAUCACUGAAGACGGCGUGCAAUUUCAAUCACCUCACGACGGCUCACUAAUGAUGUUAACACCUGAACACUCCAUGGCCCUUCAAAACAGCAUUGGAGCAGAUAUCAUGAUGCAAUUAGACGACGUUAUUUCUUCAUUGACAACUGGACCUCGUGUAGAAGAAGCCAUGUGGAGAUCCAUUCGCUGGCUCGAUAGAUGUAUCAAGGCGCACAAAAAACAAGACACACAAAAUUUGUUUGCUAUUAUUCAGGGUGGCCUUAAUACCGAUCUUCGCAAGAAGUGUGUCGAGGAAAUGGUGAAGCGUGACACUCCUGGUUAUGCUGUUGGUGGUUUAAGUGGUGGAGAGGAGAAGGAUGUUUUCUGGAAAAUUGUGACAUUAUGUACUGAUUUACUGCCAAAGAACAAGCCAAUUUACUGCAUGGGUGUGGGGUAUGCUGAAGAUUUGGUUGUGUGUGUUGCAUUGGGUGUAGAUAUGUUUGAUUGUGUGUUCCCUACCAGAACAGCUAGAUUUGGUAAUGCCUUGACCAUGAACGGCACUGUUUCAUUAAAAUCCGGUAAAUACGCUACUGAUUUCGGACCUAUUGAGGAGGGAUGUGAUUGUUCCACUUGCAAAGAGUACACAAGAUCCUACGUGCACUUGAAUGUGACAACCAAGGAUACCGUGGGCUGUCACCUUGUGUCAAAUCACAAUGUUGCAUUCCAACUUCGACUCAUGCGUAAUAUGAGAGAAGCCAUUGAAAAAGACGAGUUUCCUGCUUGGAUCAAGAAGUUCUUCCAUGGUUAUUUCGGUGGAGAUAAAUCUAAAUACCCUCAAUGGUCUAUUAACGCAUUGAAGAGUGUUGGUGUAGACUUAUUACAAGAUUAA